GUUGCGGCUGCUACUGGGUGGGGGCGGGGGUAGCUAAGCUGAGAGGACUGUGGGGAGGGGUGACGUCAGGGAGAGUGGGAGCCAAGGAAGGAGCGAGUGUGUGUGGGAGAGAUAGAGGGAGAGAGGGAGGCAGAGAGACAGGCAGGGCCCGCGGGUCGGGUCCAAGGAGAAGAGAAGCCAGGGCAGAAAGGAGAGGGGGGAGGAAAGAGAAUCUGCUGCUGUGAAGACUGAUUGCGGGUUCCCCGGCUGCAGGUCCAAGUCGGGUAGGAGCUGCGGUCCGGGGAAGCUAGGGAAGUGGGGGAGGGGGGAGAGAAAGCUAAAGGUGGGGCUGGGUGGAGGAAGGAGAAGGAAAGGGCAGGGGGAGUCAGAAGGUGGGGAAAGGGAGAGCCACAGCGUGAGAGAGGAAACUGCUAGAGGCGGAGAGAGGGGAGUUGAAAGGAGAGAGAAGAGGUUGGAGAGAGUGAAGGAGAUAGAAGGAAAGAAAAGGAAAGGGGGGUUGGAGGCCCCUACAGGAGGAGAAAAUACAAAGUGCAGGGAAGACCAGACGGCAGGAGAACCAAGAGUGAGAUGUGGCAGGGAAAGAGCCCUGGAGAGGCUACCAUGGAAGGAAGGGGUGAAGAAUUAGGGGGACAGGGGAGCUGGGGCCUGGAGGAUGCACCAGGCCUCUUGGCCAGAGCCUCCCUGCCCAUCAUGCCUGCAUGGCCAUUGCCCCUAGCCUCCUCUGCCCUCACCCUGCUCCUUGGAGCCCUUACUUCCCUCUUCCUCUGGUACUGCUACCGCCUGGGAUCCCAAGACAUGCAGGCUCUGGGGGGUGGGAGAGGGGUUGGGGGUGUCAGUGGUGAGUCUGGGGGAUGCUCUAAGCCUCGAGGGCCAAGCUCAGGGAGUUCACGGGAGCCUGGGGAAGGACCAAGGGCAGAAGGCCUAGUGAGUCGUCGCCUUCGGGCCUAUGCCAGGCGCUACUCCUGGGCAGGGAUGGGUAGGGUGAGGCGGGCAGCUCAGGGUGGCCCAGGCCCUGGGGGAGGGCCAGGCAUCCUGGGCAUUCAGCGUCCAGGCCUGCUUUUCCUGCCAGACUUGCCCUCAGCUCCCUUUGUGCCACGGGAUGCCCAGCGGCAUGAUGUGGAACUCUUGGAGAGCAGCUUCCCUGCCAUCUUGCGGGACUUUGGAGCUGUGAACUGGGACUUCUCAGGGACUACCCCUCUGCCUCGGGGCUGGUCCCCACCCCUUGCCCCUGGGUGCUACCAGCUCCUGCUGUACCAAGCAGGCCGGUGCCAACCCAGUAACUGCCGCCGGUGCCCAGGGGCCUAUCGGGCACUGAGGGGGCUGCGGAGCUUUAUGAGUGCCAACACCUUCGGCAAUGCUGGUUUCUCUGUUCUUCUGCCUGGUGCCCGGCUUGAGGGCCGCUGUGGGCCCACCAAUGCCAGGGUCAGAUGUCAUCUGGGACUGAAGAUCCCCCCUGGCUGUGAGCUGGUGGUCGGCGGUGAGCCCCAGUGCUGGGCUGAGGGACACUGCCUGCUGGUGGAUGACUCCUUCCUGCACACAGUGGCUCAUAAUGGCUCCCCUGAUGAUGGGCCGCGAGUGGUCUUCAUUGUGGACCUGUGGCAUCCCAACGUGGCUGGGGCUGAGCGCCAGGCCCUCGACUUUGUCUUUGCACCAGACCCUUGAAGGAAGGUGUCCUCUUCACCUUCCUUCCUUCCUGGAGAGAUGGUGCACCAAGGGACGACUUGAAUGUCAGCCAGGACCUCCUCUCCAUUGCAGGGGGAGGGUGCGGUGGCGGGUGGGAACUGGCCAGUGAACACUGAAAUACAGAUUUUAAAUCCUC